AUUUAAAUCAAGAUCGACACUGAUAUAAAGCCCACUAAUUUGAAUAGCUUAAUUCUCUGAAGAUCAGGUUUAAGACAUAGAAAAGUUCCAAUGAAUACGAGUACAAAUAUUAUUAGAUUUAUCAAAUGUGUCACAGUCGGAGAUGGAGCAGUGGGAAAAACUUGCUUGCUUGUUUCUUAUACGAGCAACACCUUUCCAUCGGAUUAUGUUCCUACAAUCUUUGACAACUUCAGUGCUAAUGUGGUGGUUAAUGGAAGUAUCGUAAACCUUGCCUUGUGGGAUACUGCUGGACAAGAGGAUUACAACAGAUUAAGGCCACUUAGUUACAGAGGAGCAGAUGUUUUUCUCUUGGCAUUCUCUCUUAUUAACAAAGCAAGUUAUGACAACAUCUACAGGAAGUGGAUCUUGGAGCUCAGGCAUUAUGCUCCAUCUGUGCCUGUAGUCCUUGUGGGAACUAAGCUUGACUUACGAGAAGAUAUGGAGUACUUGAGAAAUCAUCCUAACGCAACUCCAGUUACAAUAUCUGAGGGAGAAGAACUCAAAAAUAUGAUUGGUGCAGUUGCUUAUGUUGAAUGUAGUUCAAAAACCCAAAAGAACGUAAAAGCUGUGUUUGACACAGCGAUUAGGGUUGGGUUGAGGCCACCAAAAAAGAUGAAGAGAAGGCAACAGAAGCGAAGGCAAUGCAUAUUUCUAUAAGCAGUGUUUCUAGUUACAGCAUCUAGUUUAUUUUUCAACAUUGUUGUAUCUUUUACUAAAAGUUAAUACGAUCUUAC